AUGAUAGAGGCAGUUAAGCAGCAAACCAAUCUGGUACAAUUCCUGCAGUACCUGGGUAAUAAAUCAAUAGAUUGCAACAGUUAUUGUACAGUAAUCUAUUAUGAUCGGAUUAGCACCAAUGAGCAGCAAGAAUGCGAUCAGUACUGCACUUUUCUUGCAGCCGUAGAUGCAGCAAUUUCCGGGCAAGACCAAUCUCCAGUCAUGUGGAUUGAAACGUCAGAAGAUCAAAACUAUUUCAAUCUGAACAAUGCAAUUGAACAUGGCUGCCAGUCGUACAUUACCGUUACUCGAGAUGUGAUGGAUUUCAUUGAGCUGAAGCUUGAAUUGAAGGAAACUACCACGCAAAGGAUCCGUGACAAAAAUAUUUUGAUAUUCUGCGACAACAAUACGCUUCUAGACAAUAGCGUGGUCUCCAGGGAAGCUUUGAAAAUUUACCCAAACCUGUGGUUUGUGAUUCCUUCUGGGAACCAGCAGUACGAUUUCUACACUCAAAACUAUUCAAAUGCUGCCGUAACUCAAGUACAACUAGUGGAUAGCUUCGACCUAACGGAGAAUAAGUUUUCUCAUACUGGAAUUCUUUUCCAUGAUAAGUUAUUUGACCUUGGGGGAAGAUCGGUGGACGUGGGAGUCACUGACUAUGUACCAUAUUGCACCAUAACCAACGUCGAAGCGAACCAAGGAAACGCGGACGCCGUUAAUUCAAGUUUAUCGAAGGAAUAUUUUAUCGACGGUCUCGAGGGAACGCUAAUGGUGGAGUUCUGUAGGAUUCGAAAUUGUACUGUCAAGCUUUGGUCGUUUGGUCCAAAUAUGUGGGGUGAUAUUUACGAUAAUGGAACAGGAUACGGUGAGCUUUACGCUACCUAUAAUAAGCAAACCGAAUUAUCAAUUUGUUGCAAUUAUUAUAAUUGGUACUUUCAUCUUCUGGACGGAAGUACUUAUAUCGCCAAAUCUACUGUUGGUCUGCUGGUUCCUAAAGCAAAGCUCCGUCCAAUGUUUCUAACUGUUAUUUAUCCAUUUUCUAAAACGCUAUGGGUUUCGAUUUUCAUGAUGCUAAUAAUAAUGACGGCAAUCCAUCAUAUUAUUACCAGCUUGAAUUUGAAGCACAACCACGACAAAGAAACAGUUCAGCCACCAGUUGAGAAGUCAAUAUUCGACAUGAUCUCCAUCUAUCUCGAUCAGGGCAUAUUUCCCAAUUCGGUUUCAUCAUCGUAUCGUGUGUUGAUAUCAUUCAUCUUGCUGUCUGGAGUUGUCCUGAGCAAUUCCUAUGCUGGUGGCUUGGCCAGUGUUUUAACUGUACCCAAGUACGAAAAAUCGAUAGCUACCAUCCACGAUUACGUUCAGAGUCCCUUUCGCUGGGGAGCUCCUGCAUUGGCAUGGAUUCUCAUCUUGAUCGGCGUUGAAACGUAUGACAUUCAGCAGGUAGUGGAAAGAUUUGAUGAAACGCCUGAUGAGGACGAAUUGUUCCGCCGUUCAUUGCUCGGUGAUUAUGCGCUCGGAAUCGAACUACUAAAUGGCGGAAAUUAUGCCUACAGCGAUGGGGUUCGGGCUGAAAAUGUUGCCACAUUCGAUAUGAUGAAGGAAUAUCUCUAUUUUGCUUAUACGGUUGGUUACUCCAAACGAGGAUGGCCACUGAUGGAGUAUUUCAACAAGUUCAGCCUGGAAGCAAUACAGCAUGGAUUCGUCAUUGUUUGGGAACGUCAAGCAGUUCGAAAGUAUACAAGCCUUUACAUCCAGCAGGCGCUAGAAAAAAGUGCUCAAGGGGAUCGUGCGCAAGAGGUCGUAACCCCGCUUACCGUACAACAUGUGGUGGGUUCACUGUUUGUACUGCUAUUCGGAUUGUCGGCAUCCUUCGUUAUAUUUCUUCUGGAAAUCUGCUGGCACACGUUGAAACAGUACCAGGAAAAGACCGUAAACUUCGGAGCAGACCCGUACCCGUCGAAGAUGAUACACAUUCAGCUGGAGUUCGAGGGGAUUGGAGAACGGCAGCUCAGUAGGAUCAUUAGUCGUUCGGUGAAGGAUCGUUAA